AUGUGGAGACCUGCACAGCUCUGCCGCUUCCACUCAGCCCUGCUGCGGGGCAGGGCCAAGCCCUGGCCGUCCCCUGCCACCUUCUUCCGGAGGAACCUUGCAGCCCUGCCAGCAAGGCCCCUGAGGCCCCAGCCGCUGUGGAGGAAGGUGCUGUCAGCCGCAGCCCUGGGGGCGCCCCUGCUGCUCGGGGCACGGUACCUGACGGCGGGAGCCCAAGAGAGGAGGCGGAUGCGGCUGGUGGUGGACGGCGUCGGGCGCUUCAGCAGGUCUCUGCGGGUCGGCCUGCAGAUCUCGCUGGACUACUGGUGGUGCACGAACGUCAUCCUGCGUGGGGUGGAGGAGAACAGCCCGAGGUACUUGGAAGUGAUGUCUGCGUGUCAUCAGCGGGCAGCUGACGCCCUGGUGGCGGGGGCCAUCAGCAACGGGGGCCUGUACGUGAAGCUGGGCCAGGGGCUCUGCUCCUUCAACCACCUGCUGCCCCCCGAGUACAUCAGGACGCUGCGGGUGCUGGAGGACAGGGCCCUCACGCGGGGCUUCCGGGAGGUGGACCAGCUGUUCCUUGAAGACUUCCAGGCCCCGCCCCAUGAGCUUUUCCAGGAGUUUGACUACCAGCCCAUUGCCGCAGCGAGCCUGGCCCAGGUGCACCGUGCCAGGCUGCACGAUGGUACCGUGGUGGCCGUGAAGGUGCAGUACAUUGAUCUGCGGGACCGCUUUGACGGCGACAUCCACACCCUGGAGCUCCUGCUGCACCUUGUGGAGCUCAUGCACCCCAGUUUCGGCUUCAGCUGGGUCCUCCAGGACCUCAAGGGGACCCUGGCCCAGGAGCUGGACUUUGAGAACGAGGGCCGCAACGCUGAGCGCUGUGCACGGGAGCUGCAACACUUUCGCCAUGUGGUGGUUCCCCGCGUGCACUGGGGCAUGUCCAGUAAGCGCGUGCUGACGGCAGAGUUCUAUGAGGGCUGCAAGGUCAAUGACGUGGAGGCCAUCAAGAGCAUGGGGCUGGCGGUGCAGGACAUUGCAGAGAAGCUGAUCAAGGCUUUUGCCGAACAGAUAUUUUACACGGGUUUCAUCCACUCUGACCCCCACCCUGGCAAUGUUCUGGUGCGGAAAGGCCCAGACGGGAAGGCUCAGCUGGUGCUGCUGGACCACGGGCUCUACCAGUUCCUGGACGAGAAGGACCGGCUCGCCCUGUGCCAGCUGUGGCGGGCCAUCAUCCUGAGGGACGAGGCGGCCAUGAAGGUGCACGCGGCCAAGCUGGGAGUGCAAGACUACCUCCUGUUCUCCGAGGUGCUCAUGCAGCGGCCCGUGCGCCUGGGGCAGCUGUGGCGCUCGCGCCUGCUGAGCCGCGAGGAGACGGCCUACAUGCAGGACAUGGCCCGUGAGCACUUCGAGGAGGUCAUGGCCGUGCUCAAGGCCCUGCCGCGCUCCAUGCUGCUCGUGCUGCGCAACGUCAACACUGUGCGCGCCAUCAACAACGCCCUGGGUGCCCCGGUGGACCGCUACUUCCUCAUGGCCAAGAGCGCGGUCCGGGGCUGGAGCCGCCUGGCGGGUGCCAUGUAUCAGAGCGCCUACGGCGCCAGCAUCCUGCGCCAUGUCAGGAUCAUCUGGGAGACGUUCAAGUUCGAAGUGGCCCUGAGGCUGGAGACCCUGUCGAUGCGGCUCACUGCCCUCCUGGUUCGAGUUCUGGUCUACCUGGGCAUCGUGCCUGACACCAAGGAGGGGCUGUCAAAGUACCUGGAGACCUAG